UGGGUCUAGUGAUGAGAUGCGAGUCCAGCACGGCACGUAAUUCUGCCGGAAAAAAAAAAGGCCAAACCCAUUGGAACCCACGGCAGGGCCAGCCGCCGAUGAAGUCCACGGAUGCCGACCAACCAGUCGAUAAACCCCGAGCGGAAACCCAAGGCGGCCCCACCCGUCAGCGAGCGAAACCGCGGCGCCGCGACGUGCUGAGACAGGCCGGAGCACGUGGGGCGCAGCGCACUCUCCCUUUCCCUUCCCCCCUCUCCCCUCCGCUCCCCGAUGUGAUUUUCCCCGCCGCCGCUGCCGCCGCGCCGAUCUGAUCCGCAGAAAUGCCUCGUCACCACCACCACGACCCGCCUCCGCCUCCGCCCGCCUGCUGCUCCUGCUGCUGCGGCUGCGACGGCGGCUGCUACCCCGCGCCGACCAGCUACUACUACCCCGUGCCGCCCCCGCCCCCGCCCGCGCCAACCUCCGCCUCCGACCACCUCCUCCACGCCAUCGCGGCCCAUCUCCUCCUCGGCUCCGCGCCCCCGCCCCCGGCCCCGACUCCCCCGCAGCCGCAGACCCAGCCUCCGCCGCCGCCGCCGCCGCCGCCCACCUCCGCGGCGCACCACGCGUACCACUACCAGUACCAGUACCAGUACGAGCAGCCCAAACCCCAUCAGUAUCCGCAGCCGCAGCAGGCCAACCCGUCGGACCACAGCCACGCCGUGCUCCACUCGCUCCUGCGCCGCGUGGCCGCGCUCGAGUCCACCCUCCCGCGCUGCUUCGCCUCGCCGCCCGUGCCGCCCCCGCUCCACCGGAACCCUCGCCACCGCCCCCGCGCGGCCGCGCACCGGGAGGAGGAGGACGACGAGGAGGAGGAGGACGACGACGAGGAUGCACCGGCCUCGCUGCCGCCGCCGCCACGCCGUGCGCGGGCUCCGCCUUCACCAGCGAGGGAGCGGGCGGCGCGGACGAUCCAGGCGCACUUCCGCCGCUUCCUGGCGCGGCGGUCCCGCACGCUGCGCCACCUCAAGGAGCUCGCCGUCCUCCGGUCCAAGGCCGCCGCGCUCCGGGGCUCCCUCUCCGGGCGAGGCAGGGUGGGCGACCCCGCCGCCAUUUCUGAGGCCGCCAUGGCCCUCCUCUUCCAUCUCGACUCGAUCCAGGGCGGUGACCCGAUGAUCCGUGAGGGAAAGCGCGCGGUGAGCCGGGAGCUUACCCGGAUCUUGGAGUUUGUUGAUAAGGUGCUAGUCAAAGAGCAUGGGGAGAUGGCAAUGAAUGGCGAAUUGGAUUGUAAAGACUACCAUGAAGGUUGCAAUGCCGCAUUUGCGGCUAAUCCGUCAGCGAUGAACAAGAAGAAGGUAGGUUUCUGUGGUAAUGGUAAAGUCCAAGAGCUGCAUGAUGAGGCUGAGCAAGAGCAUGGCAGUGAUGCUGAUGAGAGCUCUGAGACCUCGAGCUCUGCUGAAGCUGAGGCGAGGAAGCGCUCAAACAGUAAGAGGGGUGCUCAUGCCAAGCCCGGGCUUGCGGCGCCAAUGCCUGUGUACAUGGAGCCGAGAAGGAUUGACGAGGAGAGGAGAUAACCUGUGGUUCGCAUCCUGCGAUGCAAUUUGAGGUUUAGAAUUAUGUGGAUUGUCAUGGUGUUGUUACAUUCCUACCGUUGUUUUUUCACUGAUAUUUCCUGAGAAGAGUUUAGAACUUUUCAGAUGGUAGAGUUUGUGCUGCAGCUAUGAUCUUUGGAACUAGGAGCCUUAGCCUGCUGUAUGCUCAAAUUCCCUGUGUGUUCAUUGCCUUUGUUGCUGGGUUAUACAAUUGCACUGUUAGCUUUAGCAUCGAUAAUUCUAGCUUGGAUCAUUUUGUGCACUAAAGAUACCCUGCUUGAUGUCAUCAUGUGGGAUCUUGGAUUAAUCUGUCAAUCAUGUCCAUUUUGAUUAAUCGAAAUUCCCUGUGCUGCAGUUUGAACUUCA